AUGGUGGAAGCCACAGAUCCCAACACCAUCUCAACAGGAAACAAUACAAUCGAUGUAAGUAGUCCUCUGUACAUUCAUCCAUCUGAUAGUCCAAUUAUUCUUCUCGUCCAGUUUGUGUUUGAAGGAUUAGGUUAUAGGUCAUGGAGAAGAGGUGUGAUAAGGUCCCUUUCUGUGAAGAACAAGCUAGUUUUCAUAACUGGGAAAUGUAGGAGACCAUUCCUCAAUUCACCCCAAUAUCGCCAAUGGGAAAAGUGUGAUAAUAUGGUCACAUCAUGGAUACUUAAUUCCCUUGGAAAAGAAAUUGCAGACAGUGUCGAAUAUGUCUGUGACUCUUUGGAACUGUGGAAAGAGUUAGAAGAUCGCUACGAUCAAACGAAUAGAGCAAAAUUGUUUCAGAUCCAGAAAGAAAUUAAUGAUCUAAGUCAGGGUGCUCUGGAUAUUACUGUAUACUACACUAGGAUGAAGAAAUUGUGGGAAGAGCUGAACAAUUUGAAUGUCAAAGAUCAGUGUAGUUGUGUGUGCAAUUGUGGAUAA